AUGGCUAUAGCUCCACUCGAGGGAGGACAAGAACCAGGCUCGCAGGCUCACAGGCUCACAGACAGGGCAAGGAAAAAAGGCACUUUGCAGACGGGCAUGCGCUGGCCCACAAAUGAAAACGCAGAAUUGGGCCAGUUUUGGGAGUGCAGUGCGUGGGUGAAGACUUCUUGGAGGCGCGAGGGAACGCUGCUGGUUGGAUAUUAUAGGGCUAGACGGGGGACAGGGACAAGGGAUGACGGCCACGGACAUGGAUGGAUAGGGGCCUGGAUCAGACGACUGUUUACUGUCUUCACCGUCUGCCCUGGCCUGGGAGAAACGGACCGGAAGUUAACUCCUCUCAGGCACGCCGGGACAGACGGCCACAAGAAUGAAAAGAGCGGAAGAGGCCGAGAAGAAACUGGGGGAAAAAUGUGCUAUCGACAGGGGGGUCGGCAGGAGCAUCAUCUGGGCCUGUACAGGGGCAAGGUUCGCUAG